AUGAGCAGUUCGAGGAUCUGGAUAUUGGUCCCAUUACUCGUGGCGUCUUCCUCGAGAGUCUACUCGGGGAGCAAUAUUUGCCCCAGAAAGGAGAACUACACGGUCACGUCGAUGGAAACGUACAAGGAGCCGGUUAUCGUGAACACGUUCACCUGGUGCCUGCAGAUCCCGCCCAGGUGCCCCAAGACUCAAACCGAGAUCAGGCAACGAUAUCGCGUUAAGACAGAGAUAAAGAGCAGGGACGUGAACGAAUGCUGCGAAGGCUACAAAGUGAUCUCAUCCGACGACGAAGAGACUGGCAUCAGGUGUGUGCCAUUUUGCGAAAAAUGUCUGUCAGGUGUUUGCAUCUCUCCGAACCAGUGCCAAUGUAUACCUGGCUACAAAGGCGACAACUGUGACACCGCAUGUCCACCAGGCACGUGGGGCUCCGAGUGCAAAGAGAAAUGCAACUGCGCUGAGGACGUGUCUUGCAAUCCCGUAAAUGGACACUGUGUGUGCCCACCAGGAUUACGUGGACAAAUGUGCAACGAGUCGUGUCCUGGUGAUUACUGGGGACCGGAAUGCGCGUUUCCGUGCGACUGUAAGAAUUAUUCAUCGAACAAGUGUCACUCUGAGACAGGUCGAUGUAUCGUCGACGAUGCAACAGAAACGAGAGAAACGGGGAACGAGAAGAACAGCGUUGCUGUGAACUUUACCAUACAUUUUCAGAUAAACGAGGAAGAAUCGUUCUCGAAAAUGUUCGAAAACAGCACGGAAGUAUUUGCCACGGCGAAUAAUAUGGAUAGAACAACGAGACCGGAAGAGACGAGUGUGUCGAGCUCGGAUGAGUCGAGAAUUAGGACGCAGACUCAGGAGGACGGAAACUCGAGUACCGCGAGGCCUGUGAUCGUCUUGGUUUCUGUUCCGGAACGUAGGAGGAAUUUGGAGAAGGACCGGGGAAAAUUUGGUUUGAAGAAUACUUUCGUGAGACACGUGGGUGAUAAUGGGAAUCUGCAUAACGUGGUACAGCAGCCGAAGACUGAUUACGUGAAGAACGUUCAUAAAGACGUGCAACCAGCCCCAAUUCCCCUGGACAUCGCUCUAAUCGUGGUAGCCUCUAUCGUCUCUCUAGGCUUAACAUCAGUGGCCGUAGCGAUGGUCCUCCACAUGCGUUCGAAAUUACUAGAGACCGGCAGAAUCUCUAUCUACGAAGAGAAGAAGAGCCAAGAGAAUCUGAACUCGACGAGGAUCUCUUCGAUAGUCACGGGCACUCUUCCUCAAACUCCAAUUCGCCUGGGACCACUGUUCACCACUACACUCGAGCCGAGAAUGAUGCAGAUGGAUAACAUCGAUCCCUCGGGCAACUAUGCCAACGGGGCAGCUACCAUUGGUCUACGAUUAUCCGGCAAUCUACACGGUUUACUGCAAGAUGAUCAUUACGAUAUACCACCAGCAACGAGAAUACGCCUGCAGAAUGAUUUUGAUACGAACACAGAGCACGUGUAUGCUGAGAUACCUUUACAAUCGAGCCCUUUGAACGGUCGCAAGAACGCGUGA